AAAAAGCCUUACGGAAGGCUAUUUAGGGUAUCAGUUUGCAAGUUUAGCCAGGCAAGUCGCCAUUUCCCACGAGAUGUCGAACUCCAAGCAGGCGGAGGCAACGGGCGAGGGGGCAGUACCAUCACUUCAGCACCACCAUACCCCAGUCUCUGUCACACACCACGACCAUCCCGACCACCAUUUGAUGUGGUGUCCUCGACACAACCACUAUUAUGAUGACAGGAAGAUGGAAACAUUCGAGGAAGUACCAGACCCCACGGAGCUUUCACCUCUUCGUGACUUUAUCGCAGGGUCGUGUGCUGGCGUGUCAUCCACAGGUUCCAACCAAGUCAUGUUGUCUCUUGCUCAUGUGAUUGAAUGUCGUAGUGGUUGGCCAUCCCGUACGACAUGCUCGUUCGACCACCACUCCUCUACGCGACUCACGUGGGCUUCUGUAGUUUGACACGGUCAAGGUCCGUUUGCAGAUGAAUUGUCCGUCGGCGCCGUUCAAAGGACCGAUGGAUUGUGUGAUGCAGACCGUGCAAAAGGAAGGUUUUUGGGGGUUAUACAAGGGCAUGGUGUCCCCUAUGACAACCGUGCCCCUCGUGAACGCCGUCGUGUUCAGCGCAUACGAACAUGCCAAGGCUUUCCUCUUGACACGUCGACUGAACGACACGUCGGGCGUCCUCACCAACCACGAAGCCAUGAUGGCGGGGGCCUGGGCUGGGUUCGUCAACUCGAUCGUCGUCACUCCCGUCGAAUUGGUCAAAUGCCACUUGCAAGCCCAGGGUGAAGCUAUCCACACGUCCAAGAAUGAAAUCAAAUUCAACGGCACGCUAGAUUGCGUAAAAAAAGUCAUUCAAAUUGACGGCGUGCGGGGACUCUGGCGAGGACAUGUGGCCACGAUGGUUCGCGAAGUCCCGAGCUACGUCGGUCAAUUCGGCACUUACGAGCUGUUACAGCGCGUGUUUUCCGCGCAAUUGGACGGCGACAACGGCAAAGUGUCCCCGGCCACAACGCUGUUGGCCGGUGGGUUUGCGGGCUGCGUGUGCUGGACCGUGAGCUACCCUCAGGACGUGAUCAAGUCCAGAUUGCAGCUGCAGCCGUUGGGCCAGCCGUCGUCAUAUGCUACGUCGACGUUCUGUCCGGACGGUGGCUUCAUCGCAUGUGCCAAGUCGAUUGUGCGUCAAGAAGGGUGGCGGGGGCUGUGGCGGGGGUACUCGCCGUGUCUGCUGCGGGCGUUCCCGUCCAACGCCGCCGGUUUCGCCACGUACGAAAUGGUCAAGUCGGUCUUCUUUUUGGACAAGGACGGUGUGUCCAUGCCCGUGCAAGCCAAAGCCAAAGCGGGCCAGUAAUAACAUGGACUAUUUCACGAUA